GGCACCAUGGCCCCGGGCAGCGGCGUCAAGAGCGAGUACAUGAAGCGCUACCAGCAGCCGCGCUGGGACGAGUGCGGACCGUGCUACCGGGAGCUGCUGCGCUACCGUCUGGGCCGCCGGCUGCUGGAGCAGGCGCACGCGCCCUGGCUCUGGGACGACUGGGGCCCGGCGGGCGCGGCGGACGACUCGGCGUCGUCGGCGUCGUCCGGCCCCGGGGGCCCCGCGCCCCAGUGCGCCCGGGGCUCGUCGCCGCCGCCCGCGGAGCCCGCGGCGCGGGAGGGGCCGGAAUCCCCGGCGCUCGGGACCUCGGCGGAGCGGAGCGCGGAGGCCGGUGACGCGGAGCGGGCGCAGGCGGCGGCUCCGCCAGCACUGCCAGCAACGGAUGUAAAAGAAAAACCUGAGCAACAGAUCAGAACAAAAGAGACUGACAAGUUACCCAAGGGGACCCAACCCCAACAACAACGUGCCUUAUUUGCUAGAGGAAGCAGAAAAACAGUCCAAAGUCCUCAAAGAUCAUCAAGUAAAAUAAAAGAAAAGCAUCCGUUUGCUCUUUAUGGGUGGGGAGAAAAACAGACUAAUACAGGAAGCCAAAAAACUCACAACGUGUGUGCGUCCGCCCCGGUGCAUGAGAUUCACGAAUCAGCUUUACGGGCCAAGAACAGAAGACAGGUGGAAAAAAGGAGACUGGUUGCCCACAGGCAGCGAGCCCAUUCUGUGGAUGUGGAGAAGAACAGAAAGGUAAAGGCUUCCUCCUCAGAGAACCCAUGGAUGACAGAGUACAUGAGAUGCUACUCAGCAAGAGCUUAAAGGAAGCAGCAGUUGCCUGGACAGCAUUUUUUUUUUUAGAAAGUACAAAGGAAAGGAAAACAAAAACCAUCAAAAGAAACUGGACACAGAUUAAGAAACCAGCUGAUGAAACGAGGUUUUUCUUAGGGAAUUUACAAAAGAUUGUUCUAUUUUGAUGAAUCCUGGUCACCUACCUCAGCAGUAGGGCGAUGGUUGAAGCCAUAGACAUUUGGUUAUUUAUGAAGAUAAUUCCCUAAAUCUUUGAUAAUCUUAUAAGGAUUUUGUUUUAAAGCAUCUUAAUCUUUUCAGAUAACUGACACCAAAUGCCUUUAAAUGGCUAGAGAUGCUUGACUUUCAGUAUUCUUAAGUUUAGGCAGAGCCUGUUCUCAUCCUAUUCUGAAAAACUUUUCAGAUUCCAUACCAGUAAUCAUUCCCCCUUGCAGCAUAAACUUCCUCAUGUGCAGUUUUCUUUGUGAGAGAAUAUUCAGUCACAAGUGAGUUUUACACUAAUAUUCCAUGUGUAGUGAAACUAGAACUUUGGUAGUUCUUGAAAAUCUAACUUGUAUUUCAGUUCAGCACUUCAUUUCGACUAUGAUAUUUAAGAUUAUCUGUGCUGGGUAGGGUUAUCGUCUCUCUUGAAAUGAUCAUCUAGGCACUUAUUAUUUAAUAAUUUAAUAGUUCAGAUGCAUUCCAAUAAAUGAAGUGCUAGUGCAGUGUGUGUAGAGUAGUCCUGAUGUUUCUUUGGAGCCCAAGACUGCCACUUUUUUUUUUAUUACAAGAUUGUCUUUAGAACUUGGUGGAGGAUCGGUCACUCAGCUGUAGACUGGCCUUUGGGUGCGCAUGCCUGGCGGACUUCUGCCUCUCCUGACGUAGUUGGCAAUGUCAUUUAGAACUUAUUCUCUGAAAUUUCAUAUACUAAAUUGAGAUUGUCUUGCUCAUUGGGGGUAGGAGGCAAAUAUUAAGAUACCCAUAAGAGAUGUAACUCACUACUUUUUUCAGCACUUGCUAAUCACAAAGCCGGAUGAUGUACAUUCAUCAGACUUUAGGUGGAAAUCCGUUACUCCUGGAUUCCCAGCCAGUAGGUUUUUAUUGAAUUUAGUGAGAGAGAAUGAAUGAUGGUUUGUGUGCAGGUACAAAUGUAAGUGUGCAAAUGGCAUGAUCUCUCUCUUCAGUGUAUUGGUUUUUGGGGUAGAGAGCAGCCUUAGGAAUCACUGUUUUCUUAAGGAACAAAGCUGGUAUUUGCAGGAAGGGUGAGUGCUCCUUUCUUCAUAUGAGAGAAGAGUGGCACUUUGCUUGCUUAGCACCUGGAGAUGUGUGAAUGAGAAUUUGGUGUUGGGUAUGAGGAUGAACAUUUCCUUGAUAUUUGUACUCUGGGUCAUUGAAGUAUUAUGGUCUGUUUUUAGAACACAAAUGUGUUUUAUUCCACAUAAAAUCUUCACAUCGUAUCAUACAACUGUAUUAAGCUUUGAAAACUCAUCCUGAAGAAAUAAGAGUUUUUUUUAAAAGGACUUUUUAAAGAUCUGCAUUAAUAUGAGGUGAAUUGAGCUCUUCUGAUCUCUGAGGUGUGUAUUUAAUAAGGGGAAGUUCUAUAACUUGUCCACAGUAACCUUGCUAGGGAUUCUGGUGAAUUACGCUGUGAUUGUUAAUACAUUCCUUAAACAUUGCAGGUAUCUAAAGGUCAGAUUAAUGUGGCAAUUGUGAAGGUGUCACUGAUUGUGAAAAUUGUUCCUUGCAAAGCACUUCUUGUAUGUCAAGGUUUAGCCAUCAGUUCGGGUGUUCAUGUUGCAGCUGACAAUCUUAGGGAAGAGAGCCUGGGGGAGUAGCUUUGGCCCCUUGCUGACGGACCGCCUUAGAAACUCAACUUCCUCUAGACUCUGCACAAGCCAGACUCUCUCCUUUCGAAAACAUUUCACUUUUAAUGUGCUUACCACUGAAAACUCCAGAUGGAGAUCAAAUCUAGAAGGCAAUAUUGGCCACUUUCCUCAUUUUUUAGUAGAGGACAAACAAGAUUUCUAAAGUGCUUUUAAUGUGCAUGAAUAAUGAAUAAAUCCAUUGUGAGCCCACUCCUAUGUCGGAGUCUAGUUAGUUACGGUUUCUUUUCUUAUUUUUUUAGGGGUGAAAAUUACCUUUUGAGCUUAUACAAUUUUUAAAUUUGUAACAAUUUGAUGGUCCUACUCUUUCUCAUUUUAGAAAUGAAUGUGUUUGUAAUAAUGUUACUAAUUCUUCAGACAACUUGCAAGACCGUGAGAAAGCUUAAAAUACCUUCAAUGUUGAAAAGCUUGAAACUUCAAAAAUCCGGUGAUAUUUAAAAAAAUAGAAUAAAAUCAUUGCUACAUCAGAUUCUCUUUUAAAAAUUUGGUUUUAAGUUCUUAAUUAAAACAAUUUGCCACAAACAUGCUGUUUCUUUGUUACUUUU